AUAAUACGUUGCCGCUCAAUAUAAUCUGGUCGUAGUAAAAGAAUUUGCGCACACGUUACUUUUGGGAAACAGAGGUGAUGUGAACGCUGAGAUUUAAAUUUUUUUAUAGAUUCUCAUUUAUUAAUAUUUUAAUUUAUAAACGAUGUUGAAAAUUAGGAGGUUACCUGUACGUGCAGCUUUGGGGCGGAAAUAUUUUGGCACACAGAAAACCAUAGCCAUACGUCGUGAAGAUCAGAGCGUAUGGGAAAGAAGGGCACCAUUUUCUCCGCUCCAUGUCAGAAAAUUGGUGAAGAAUGGCGUGCGAGUUAUCGUACAGCCAAGUAACAGAAGAGCCUAUCCGAUGCAAGCGUACUUAAAUGCAGGAGCAAUCAUUCAAGAAGACAUUUCCGAAGCAAGCAUCAUAUUCGGUGUCAAGCAGGUUCCUAUCGAUCAGUUGAUUCCCAAUAGAACGUUUUGCUUUUUUUCUCACACGAUUAAGGCGCAAGAAAGUAAUAUGCCACUUUUGGAUGCAAUUUUGGAACAAAACAUUCGGCUUUUGGAUUAUGAGAAAUUGGUAGACAAGAAAGGACAGCGUGUCGUUGCAUUCGGGAAGAUGGCAGGAGUGGCCGGAACGAUCAACAUACUUCAUGGACUAGGCCUUCGUCUUUUGGCGCUCGGCCAUCACACACCCUUCAUGCACAUUGGACCUCCACACAAUUACCGAAACUCCAGUAUGGCAAGGCAAGCGGUACGUGAUGCUGGAUACGAAGUUUCUCUAGGAUUAAUGCCAAAAUCUGUCGGUCCACUGACCUUUGUUUUUACCGGUUCUGGUAAUGUCUCCCAAGGUUCCCAAGAGGUAUUCCAAGAACUCCCACACGAAUACGUUCCACCGGAGUUAUUGCAAAAAGCGGCGGAACAUGGUAACCCAAAUAAAGUGUACGGCUGUGAAGUUAGAAGGCGACACUACUUAGAACGUAUAGGAGGGGGAAAAUUUGAUCAUGUGGAGUAUGAAGAACACCCCGAAAGGUAUGUCUCAACCUUUAGUAAGAAAAUUGCUCCGUACGCCUCUGUGAUCAUAAAUGGUAUUUAUUGGGCGGUGGAUAGUCCAAAGCUGCUAACAAUCCCAGAUGCUAAAGUCUUACUACGUCCCGCUUACACACCGUGGUUACCCACUUCAAUGGGGGCGCCAGCUUUGCCACACCGCAUGUUGGGCAUUUGCGAUAUCUCAGCAGAUCCCGGCGGUUCCAUCGAAUUCAUGAACGAGUGCACCACAAUUGACACACCUUUCUGUCUAUAUGACGCGGACAGAAAUAAGGACACAAAAAGCUUUAAGGGCCCAGGCGUUUUAGUCUGCAGUAUUGAUAACAUGCCCACGCAACUGCCUAGAGAAAGUACCGAUUUCUUUGGCGAUCUGCUUAUGCCAUUUACACCUGAUAUUUUACAAUCAGACGCUUCCAAACCUUUGGACAGUCACCACUUCUCGCCCACCAUUCACGGGGCCAUCAUCGCUAGCGACGGAAAAUUGACACCUAAUUUCGAAUACAUCAGAGAUUUGCGAGAAUCAGCAAUAAGGAGCCGCCAAAAAGAGUCGGCACAAGGCAAACCUGAAAAACGAGUGGUCAUUUUUGGCGCCGGUCGAGUUGCAGCGCCUCUUGUUGAAUAUCUCCACAGAAAUCCAUCGAUAGCGAUAACUGUUGCUUGCGAAAACAAGGAGUUAAGCGACAACUUGGCAAAGACCUUCCCGGGAGUGGAAGGCGUUUAUUUAAACGCCCUCGAAAGUGUCACCGGUGUACAGGAAUUGGUUGCAAACGCAGAUGUUGCCGUUUCCAUUUUACCGAGAGAUCUUCAUCCCAUUGUCGCCAAAGCUUGUAUCCGUGAAAAGACGAACAUGGUAACUGCCAGUUAUGCGAAGGAUAAUUUAACCUGCUUACAUAAAGACGCGGUUAACGCUGGAAUUACGAUACUCAACGAGGUUGGCUUAGAUCCCGGCAUCGAUCAUCUUCUAGCACUAGAAUGUAUGCACGAAGUAAAGGCUUUGGGAGGAAAAAUCGUUUCGUUCGAAUCGUUCUGUGGUGGACUACCCGCGCCAGAAUUUAGUGACAACCCAUUACGAUAUAAAUUCUCCUGGUCACCUCGUAGUGCUUUAAUUAACACUUUGUCAGAGGCAAGGUAUAUUUCUCAUGGUGAGAAGGUCGUAAUCAACGAAGGAGGGGAACUGAUGGAAACGACGCGAUCUCUUAAUUUCCUGCCCGGGUUCAGUCUGGAAGGUUUUCCAAACGGGGAUAGUACAAAGUACGCGAAAUAUUACGACCUGCCCGACGCGAAAACGCUUUUACGUGGAACUAUACGUUACAAGGGCUUCACCGACGCAGUCCGCCAUUUGCAAUUUUUGAAUUUACUCGAUCCAAAUGAUCAUCCCAUUCUUCACGAUAAAGGACCUGAAAUUACGUGGAGGCAAUUAAUUUGUCAUUUGAUUGGCAUACAAGAUCAUAACAUAAUUUACGAAAAUUUAAAAGCGAAAAUUGCCGAGCACUCUCAAUCCAACGAGGCGGUCACAGUUUUGGAAGAUUUGGGUCUUCUUACCGAUGCUAAGGUUGUCAAAUGCGGAUCUCCAUUAGAUACAUUAACUUAUCACCUUUCUAUUAAACUGAAUUUACAGAAUGACGAAAGGGACCUUGUAAUUUUAAGACACGACAUUGGCAUUCUUUGGCCAGAUAACAAGCGAGAAACGCGCGGAAUCAACUUUGUAGUCUAUGGUGACGUGAACGGAAAUUCAGCAAUGGCAAAAACCGUUGGCUAUCCAGCUGCAGUUGCCACCAAAAUGGUUUUGGACGGUGAAAUUCAAGAACGAGGCGUAAUCUUACCUUUCGCUCCGGAGGUGUACCGACCUAUACUAUCGAGGCUCAGGGCAGAAGGACUAAACAGUACAGAGACCUCAAAGUUUCAUUAAAUUUCUGCGAACGAAGUAUUGUUGUGUAAGAAUAGUCCAGAUGUCAACUUCCGGUGGUAGGGUCAGAGGUCAAAUCAAAUCCUGGAACGCGCCGUUCUUGGAAGAGCAGGGCACAAUGAAAAUUCCAUAUUUUCGCAUUUUUUCACUUCUGACACACCUAGUUA